CGCUUCGACCGUUUUUGCCGAAUCUGUUGCCGCGCCACUACCUGUUGCUGUGAGUUGCUGUUGAAUGUGGAGUCUGGAGUGUGGAAACUGCAUCUUGUUUCUCCUGCCGCUUCAACUCAACUUCUUCCAAACUCCAAACAUCAGUUGGUGGAUUGACCGUGGUGUGUGCUCGUUUGCCUGUUCGUUCCUGUCAGUUGAAUCGUAGUAAACCGUCGCGUCCUAUAUCACCAUCAUAGAGGAUUGUAUCUUACCUGAAAAUAAGUAGUGCUUUCACAACAUUGGUUUCUUGCAGGUGAACGUGCUGAGAACGAUGUGAUAAUGACAGAGACAGUGAUAACUUAGUGAAGACAUGACACGUUUGGAGAACACGUGAGGAUCACGCAAAUACGCACGUACACCUCCAUGACAUGCUAAUAUGGCGGCCCGGGUGGACAGUGGAAACGAGACACUGUUCUCCGGCGACUCCUCCCCCGACACCCCCUCCAGCCAUGGCUCUCCUCACCAGGUUCCUCCUCGCAUCACCUCAACCCUCACAAAGGGCAAGGUGGUGAUUCGACCGGUGGCUUUCAAGCCACUAGUGCCGUCGUCGGGUCGGUUGAGUGAGAGGUACGGAUCAACGCCCAUCCUGGCCAGGCCUGGCUCCCAUCUCACGCUCUAUGGCAGUAGCAACGAUCUGCGACACACUCAUGGCAGUAGCAGCAGCAACUACUCUCUGGACAGGAAGCUCCGCUCGACCUCGCCCUCAGCACUGGCCAUGUCCUCACUGCCCCUCACUCCCUCCCUCGGCCUUGGCAUUGGAUACGACAGCAUGGACAGCGUCCAUAAGUCCACCCUCGGCUAUGACAGCAUGGACAGCGUUCACAAGUCCACCCUCGGGUAUGACAGCAUGGAUAGUGUCCACAAGUCCACCACCAGCUCCCGAAACCAUCAUCUCUCAAGGAUGCUGGCUUCGGAGACGGGUUCGGGCAGCCUGGUGGACCUGACUCCGUCGCCGACCGAGUCGGGGGUGAUGGCCGAACUGGAGGCUGCAUUGCGUGAGCGCGACUCGGAGGUGGCCUACCUGCGCCAGACCAUGGAGCACAACGAACAGGUCAUCUUCCGCGUCUACCAGGAGAAGGAGAAGGCCUGGGAGCGCGAGAUGCGUCGCAUCAAGGCCCUCCACGAGAACCGGCUGCGUACCGUUUCGCAGAAGACGCACAAGCUUGAGCAGAUGCUCAUGAUGCAGACCUACCAGGUACCACCAGCUAUCAUUCUAAAAGAGACUCAGGGUGAACAAGCGACGAAAGGUCACGAAGUGAUAUCUCUGAGGAGUGAAAUCCGAGAACUGAGGCUGCUAUUGGAGCAGCGAGACUUGGAAGUAUCUAAUUUGAAAUCAGAAGUUGCUGAGAAUGCAAGGCACAAUCAACAGCUUAAAGAGCAACACACUCUGGAAACUGAUGAGCUCACAAGUGUCAUUGCUAAAUUGGAAGCCAAAUUGAAAUCGGCUAAUGUUCCUGAGAGUGGAGGUAACGACGGAAGGUCUGCAGCUGAUGAUAAAGUAAGUGAGACUGAAAACUGUGAUGCAGUAGCAAAACUAAAGAAGGAGCUGGCUGAGGAGCGACUGGAGUGGGAGAGAGAGCGUGUGAGAUGGUCUCAGGAGAAGGAGAAGGUGCUCAGCUAUCAGCGUCAGCUGCAACUCAACUAUGUGCACAUGUAUCGACACUCCAAGAACCUCCAGGCAGAACUCGAGAGUUUGUCUCUCGAAUUGGAGCUCGAUCCAAAAACUAGAAGGAAAAAGCAAAUUUCUCUACCUCAUACUGCAAUUCAACUCUGAUUAUUUGUAAAUAGAAUUGUUACCGUACUCUUGCCUCUAGUAUUAGAGUG